CUUUUCUGUCAGGAGCGUUGAUAGGAUUGGUCGAUUGCAAAAGGGACGCGCUCAUUGUCACAGUCAGCUAAUCGGCAUACAGCGUGAAAGUACACCCGCCGCUAUAUACCAAAUCCUGAAUCAAUGCGACAAACUUUUCUGGCGACCGACGAAUUUCGACGAGCCUCUCAUUUUUUCGAUGGAAGUCUAAUACAAAUCUCUGUUUUCAGCUCCAUGCGCUUACCAGCAUAAUCAUGCAUUGUGCAAGAUUGUAUAUCACGCUAGCUUCCAAAUUUCGAAAUGACCAAUCCGAUGGCGGAACUUUGCGGUCGAGCGAUUGGAGCGGUUGCCGCUCCGGUGGUAGAAUGUCUCGACGUGGACGGCGUCGUACGUAAAGUGGACGUGAACAGUCUGUUGCAACGUAUAGACAUGAAUGAGUUGCUGGACAAGGUUGACAUCGAUCGGCUGUUAGAUAGGGUUGAUCUGAACCGACAUGUUGCCAAAGUGGACAUCAACUCGGUAUUGGAGCGGGUAGACGUCAACGAUAUUGUUGGCCGGUCCGAUAUGGGAGCGAUCAUUGCGCAAUCCACGACCGGCGUCUUUUCGCAGGUUCUGGACAAACUACGUACACAGCUGGUUGUGGCAGAUUUGAUUUUCUUUCGUAUGCGCCGCUUCCAAUGGAGCCACGCAAACGGUGGGCGCCUGCCGCCGUCUCCCGGUCCUACCGCUAUCAAUGGACCUCGCGCUGCUCGCUGUCCCAAAGUACGCAUCGACCAAGCCAUUGCCGUACAAGGUCACUUCACCGGCUUCAUUUCCAAAGCCGUUGCGAUAUUUUUGGAUACUUUGUUUGUAACACUCAGUUUUGCGGGCAUUAUCAUUGUCCUACAACUCUGUUGGAUUCUGUUUGUCAGGGAUACGGACGCAGAUACAGUACGGAAAAAAGUCAGUCGUGACACCCUGUGGGUUUUUGUCAUGUACUGUGUAUACUGGGUACUCUGCUUUUUCUUGACCGUCCUUGUUACCGGACAGACUCUCGGCAUGGCCAUUGUCGGCAUCAAGGUCGUCUGCAGCCGCACCGGCGAGGAUGUAUCGCUGCGACAAGCGAUGGUGCGCACCGCGAUCCUACCUCUGACGACGACCGUGCUGCCCAUAUUGGGGAUCAUGGGAAUAACCCGUCGCGACGGUCGCUUGUUGCACGAUGUUGUGGCCGGAACGGGAAUUGUGUACGCGUGGGAUGCUCGCAUGGCCAAGGUCCGUGCCGUUGCCAUGAAACGCGUUCACCAGACUCGGGCGGAACACUACCAGCGGGGCAGCAGUACGGACGAAGCCCAAGAGGCCGAGGCCGCGGCCACGGGAACCAAUCCAGGCGCAGCUUUGUUGGAAGAAGUUUCGUACGAUGAUGCCAGCAUGAGUGAACCGUCGACGUCGGCUUCGUUCUCCUACGCCACUUUUCGAGGCGAAUCGUCAUGA